AUGAGUAAUAGCGAUAAAAAUAAUAAUAAUAACACUAAUAAUAAUAACAAUAAUAAUAAUAAUAAUAAUGGUAACUUUGGUAUUUGGGAAGAACCAGAUGAUGAUUCAACAAAUGAAAAUGAAGAAUUAUUUAAUAAUUUAAUUACCAAAACAACAAAAUUUAUUGACGACGAUGAAGAGGAAGAAGAAGAAGAAUCUUCAUGGGAUACUUUAUAUGCCAAACAUGUUGAAACUUCAAACACUACACAACCAUUCAAUAAUAGUAAUAGUAAUAAUAAUAAUUUUCAAACACAACCAACAAAUAUUUCAACAUUAAAUCCAAAUAAUAAUAAUAGCAAUAAUAGUAGUAGUGGUAGUAGUAGUAGUAGAGGAGUUAGAACUCCAAGAGGUACAAGAUCUAAUUCACCACCACAACCAUCAAAGAAUGAAACAGUUCAAAAAGAAUCAAGUGGUGAUAUAUCAGAAGGUUUCACUCUUAUUGAUUCUCCAAAUGAUAAUAAUGAUAAUAAAAAUAACAAUAAAAAUAAUAAUAAUGAUAGUAAUAUUGUAGAUGAUGAUGAAGAUGAGGAAGAAUUCCCAACUCUUUCAAAAAAGAAUCAAAAGAGAAAACCAAAGAAAUCAACCUCAUCACCAUCAUCAACAUCAUCACCAAUUGUAUCACCACAAACACAAACCUCAAAGCUUGAAUCCUCAAUGGAUGUUAGUCCAUCUUCUGGCAAACAAUCUUGGAGUGAAUUAUUAAAGAAUGUAGCAGAUGAAGAUAUAAAUAAUAAUAAUAAUAAUAAUAAUAAUAAUAACUCAAACCAAUAUCAUCAAGAAGAAGAGAAUUACUAUGAUAGUGAUGAUUAUGAUAGUUCUCCAUUUGCAAUUAUCAAUAAUAGUUCAACUACUACUAAUAAUAAUAAUAAUAAUAAUAAUAAUACUACAACAACAACAACAACCACUACUACUACAAAUUCAUCCUCUUUACCAAUAGUAAAUUCACAAUCGUUUGAAGAGGGCGAAGAGAUUACAUCAGAUAUUAAGAUUGGUAUUAAACCAAAAACUGUUACAGUUCCAUUCCAAUCAACACUCUCUCUUAGAGCAAGAACAAAACAAAUUAAAAAAGUUCAACAACAACAACAACAAUCCUCAAAAUCAAAACCAAAUAAUAAUAAUAAUAAGUUUGUAGAUAAUAAUCCAUACGCAGUAUUAGAGGAAGAGGAAAGAGCACUUCAAUCUGCAAUUAAAGCUUCACUUCUUUUAAAUAGCCCUGUUGAUUUAGAUUCAAAACAACAAAAUGUAUCUCAACAAAAACAACAACAAGAACAACAACCAACUACUACUACAAACUCUGUAUCAUCAUCUAAAUCUAAAUCUGUAGCUACUACAGAUAAAAAUAGAACAACUUCAACAGCAGUAGCACCAACAACAUCUUCAAAUAAAAAAGCUAAUAAAUCAAAUAAAACUUCAACUGCUAAUACCACCGCUACCACCACUACUACUGCGUCAUCCAAAAAGAAUAAAUCUAAUAGCAAUAAAUCUUCAAAUGUAUCAAACACAACCACCACUACAUCAACAACAGAAAAUAGUGCCUCUGAGGGUAGUUUUAUUAAAAAUGCUGUUAUAUUCAUCUUCAUUUUGCUAUUAAUGGUUGUUGGAUUCAAAUACACACAAACUUUAAAUCAAUGA